AUGUUACCUCAACCUCGAUUUGAAUUAACUAAAACUCCAAUAACGCACGAAAACUUUAUUGCGUUGCAUGCCGCGCAAAGUGAAGGAGAUUAUUGGACGGGGAUUGAAAAAGUAGAUGAUCUCAGCAUACAGCAUGGUGAUAAUUUUGUGCUGUUGCAGAAUAAUGAAGAUCAGCUUUGUGUUCGAAUAGUUGCUGUAACUCGAACAGCCAUCGAGUCAGAUUUCUGGGCUGAAGUCGAACGAAUACAAAUGGAACGGCUUGCCUAUCAUGACGCUCCACUGCUCGUGCACAUCCUCCAAUGCUCAAUCAUGUCACAUCAAAUAGCUCAACCUUAUCGAGAACCUUCACCAUCCUUAGCGUACUGCCUCUGCGCCCUAACGUCAUUAGCAUGUCAAUUAGAACAACAAGGCUGUGUAGAUGUGGUAUUGCUCUUGUCUUCCUAUUCACACAUACACUGUGGGCUGUGGUCAUCUAGGCAAGAUAUCGAAAUGAUCUACGAAAAAAUGGCGAUCCUCGUCAACACAUCAAGGGUAUGAAA